AUACACAAUCAAACUCAUAAAUCAAGUAGAUUUUGGAGGAUCUAAAUUGGGGAAAGCCUAAUUUCUUACCAAGAAAUCAAGAGUUUUGGAGCUAGGAGUGGGUUUGUUGGAGAUUGAAAGCUAGGGCUUGGUAUUUGCAUUAUUGAGAUUGAUGGCUCGAGGGCGUAGGGGCCGAGGCCGAGGCCGAGGUCGGGGUCAAGACCAAGGCAGGGACCGUGGUCGAGGUCGAGUUACCGGUAGGGGGGCCGAUGUUGAGUCCCAAAAUGAGGUUGGAAAUAAUUCAUUGGGAGUCCAAGCGGAAGCGGGGGGUGAAGACCAAGAGGUAAAUGGACGGGCUGCUAAUGCAUCCCAAGUGGGAGUUGCUAAUGCGCAUCCCGAGAUUGUACUUGGACCCGACUUCAUGAAAGAGAUGUUGAGUGCGAUGCAAAGGAUAGCUCAAAACCAAGUGUCGGCGGAGGAUACUAAGGCUUCAAUAGCAAUGAGGGAGUUUCAACGGCUUGGCCCACCAACUUAAAGUGGUGAACCAAAUCCGAUUGCUGCAAAUGAAUGGUUAGAGCAAGUUACUCGAUUCCUUGAUACUCUUCAUGUCAAGGACGAUGACUUGAGGGUAGACCUUGCAACUUUUCAACUUCGAGAAAACGCUCACCAGUGGUGGAAGUAUGCGAAGGCUACGGUUGAGGCAAAAUGGGAUGACUUCAAGAAAGCGUUUUUAGCAAAAUAUAUUCCAGAGACGGCAAAGGAUGCUUUGAGGAGGGAGUUUCAAAACUUAAUUCAGGGCAAUAUGUCAGUGUCACAAUACGAGGCUAGGUUCACAACUUUAUCCGGCUAUGCACCAGAGUUAGUGAGCACCGAGGAACUUAAGGCUAAAAGGUUUGAGAAUGGGCUUCGAUUAGGCAUUAAAGAAAGGGUUGUGGGAAUGAGACUACGACAAUAUUCAACAUUGGUAGAGGCAGCCAUGGCAAUUGAGGAUACAUUGUUAGAGUUAAAGAGGAUUAGGGAAUCUCGGUCUCAACAUGGUGGUUCAAGCACUCAGUUUGAAGGGCAUCAAGCAAAGAAACGGAAAAUAUCUGGUGGUAGUUCUUCUUUUCAAGGACCACUUCAGCAGUCUCGCCCAGUUCCAGCACAGUCUAUGGUUACUUCAAAUCGGUCUUCUGGAGGAGGCAUUAUAUGUUAUCAGUGUGACAACGUGGGCAUCGCAAGUCAGAGUGUCCUCAAAAAAGGAGGUUUCAAGGACAAUUACAGACUCAAGAGUCACGCCAUGUUCAAGAUAGAAGCAUGAUCAUUUGCCAUCAAUGUGGGGAGGCCGGACACAUCCAACGAUUUUGCCUUAGGAGGGGUAGUGGUCAAAGUGGAGUGAGGUCACAACAAACUCAGUCGGUUCAGGCAGCUCCAGGACAGCUACCAUAUAGGCCACCUCAGCAGACCCAAUCAGCGCAGGCUUCUAGGAUCGAGCAGGGGGCUAUGUCUUCUCAAUCAGUGAGGCAACAGGGAGUUCAAAGAGGGGGCUAUCAGGGUCAGACUUCUCAGGGUCAUGCCUAUGCAGUUGUGACUUCGGGUACUUCAAAUGCAUUAGCAGACUAUCUUACACCUCCUGAUAC